CCGCUGGACAGCUCAGUUUUCUGGCUGCAGUCUGGGAUUCAUCUCCCGCCCUCACAGACCCAAAUCCAGAAAUCGAAACUGCACCGGUUCCCAUGCAGAAGGCGCCCUCACCCACUGGAUCUCCCUGCCUCCAACAGGACCCUGCCCUGACCCCCACGCCCACCAUGCCUCCCCCGGAGGACCCCUCCGAAGACCAUGAACACAGCCAAAGCCCCGCGGAGCAAGCCAUGAAGGAGGAAUUCCAGUUUCUGUGCUGCCCGGGCUGCAAGGCCCAAGCCAGGUGCCCCAAGCUGCUGCCUUGCCUGCACACGCUGUGCUCUGGAUGCCUGGAGGCGCAGGGCUUGCGGUGCCCCGUCUGCCAGGCGCCGGGGGCUGGCGCGGAGGAGGCCCUGGAUAACGUGUUCUUCGAGAGCCUGCAGCGGCGCCUGGCGGUAUUCCGGCAGAUCGUGGAUGCGCAGGCUGCGUGUACCCGCUGCAAAGAGUCGGCUGACUUCUGGUGUUUCGAGUGUGAGCAGCUCAUGUGCCACAAAUGCUUCGACGCGCACCAGUGGUACCUCAAGCACGAGGCCCGGCCCCUGGCCGAGCUCCGCGACAGCUCAGUUCGCGAAUUCCUCGACAGUACGCGCAAGUCCAACAUCUUCUGCUCCAAUACCAACCAUCGCACCCCCGCGCCGACCAACAUCUACUGCCGAGGCUGUGCCAAACCUCUGUGUUGCGCAUGCGCCCUCCUGGACGGCGACCACAACCAUCUCCGGUGCGACAUCGGCGACGAGAUCCAGCAGCGGUAUGAGGAGCUGGGCACCAUGACGCAGGCGCUGCAGGAGCAGGACAGGGUCUUCGACAGUGCUCACGCGCAGAUGCGCUCCACCAUAGGCCAGCUGGAGCACGCGCGCGCAGACACGGAGGCGCGGAUCCGCGCACGCGUCCGCCAGGUGGUAGAGCAUGUGCAGGCGCAGGAGCGCCAGCUGCUUGAGGCGGUGAACGCACGCUACCAGAGGGACUACCAGGAAAUAGCUGGGCAGCUGGGCCACCUGGAAGCUGUGCUGCAGCGCAUCCGCAGUGGUGGCGCGCUGGUCGAUAAGAUGAAGCUCUAUGCCUCCGACCAGGAGGUGCUGGACAUGCAUAGCUUUCUGCGCAAGGCCCUCUGCCGCCUGAGCCAGGAGGAGCCCCAGAACCAGCAAGUCCAGCUGCGCACCAGCGGCUUCGAGGAGUUCAAGUGGUGCCUGCAGGACCUCAUCUCCUGUAUCACCCAGAGGACAGAUGCAGCUGUAGCCAGGAGAGCCACCCCAGAGGCAGCCAGCAUUCCCAGGGACUCUUUUGACCUUGAGCAGCCCAGUGAAGUGCAGAGGACCCAGGCCCAGGCCCUGAGGCUGUCCAAGACCCCACCUGUGGCUGUGGUACAGUCAGUGCCCGGGGCACACCCCGUGCCAGUAUAUGCCUUCUCUAUGAAAGAGGGCUCCACCUAUCGAGAGGAGGCCUCUCAGACGAUCACCCCCAUGAAGAGGAAGUGCUGCCAUAGCGAUUGCCACAGGAAGAUCAUCAAGAUGGAGUCCACAGAGGAGGAUGAGAACAGGUUGAUCUCUAGCUCCCCGGAGCAGCCCAGGCCCAGCACUUCCAGGGCCAUCUCUCCUCCCCAUCUGGAUGGACCACCCAGCCCUGAGAGCCCCAUCCGAGAAAAGGAGACCCCCCAGCCCACCAGCAACCAUGUUACCAGCGACACAGAGAAAACAGAAGAGCGAAUUGUGGUGAUCAGCAGCUCGGAAGACUCAGAUACCGAGAAUCUGCCUUCCCACGAGCUUGAAGACAGCAGCAGUGAGUCCAGCGGCCUCCAGCUGGAGGGCCCCAAUUCCCUCAGGGCACUGGACGAGAGCCUCGCUGACCCCCAAGCAGAAGACAGGCCCCUGGUUUUCUUUGACCUCAAGAUUGACAAUGAAACCCAGAAAAUUAGCCAGCUGGCAGCCGUGAAUCGGGAAAGCAAGUUCCGAGUGCUCAUCCAGCCCGGGGCCUUCAGUGUCUACUCCAAGGCCGUCUCCCUGGAGGUCGGACUUAAGCACUUCCUCCGCUUCCUUGACUCCAUGCACCGUCCCAUCUUGGCCUGCUCCAAGCUCUGGGGGUCUGGGUUCCCCAUCUUCUUCAAGGCCCUGGAGGAUAUUGACAAGCUGUGGGAAUUCCAGGACGCCAUCUCCGGUUUCCUGGCCGUGUUGCCUCUCAUCCAGGAACGUAUCCCCGGGGCCAGCAGCUUCAAACUCAGAAACCUGGCCAAGACCUACCUGGCAAGGAACAUGAGUGAACAGAGUGCCCUGGCGGCCGUGCUGGCCAUGCGAGACUUGUGCUGUCUCCUAGAGAUCUCCCCAGGACCACAGCUGGUCCAGCAUGUCUACCCCUUCAGUAACUUGCAGUGCUUCGCCUCCCUGCAGCCCCUAGUUCAGGCAAGUGUCCUGCCCCUGCCUGAGGCCCGCCUCUUGGCUCUUCACAACGUGAGCUUCCUAGAAUUGAUGACGGCAUACCGCAGCAACCGGCAAGAGGGCCUGAAGCAGUAUGGCCGCUAUCUGAGCCUGCAGACCUCAUCGGCUUCCGUCCAGCUUACUCAGUACCUUCAGGCUCUGAGCACCUACCUGGAAGGACUGUUGGAAGGGCACGCCCCGGCCAGGUCAGAAGGCAGCUCUACUCCUCUCUCGAGCCAGAGCUUGGCCAAAAAGGCCUCCCAGCAGAGCUGAAAGGACGGGAAGCCUGGCUUAGCUGGUGGCCACGGAAGGAGGGGCAUCCCUGAGCCAGGCCCCACCCUUCACCACAUUCCCGGGUAAUGGUCUCCGAUACGGGACUGUUACUUCGUUCAGAAUAGGUGCCCUUUAUCUGGGACCAAACGCUCUUUCUCUAAAAUUCCCACAGCAGACACCAAAGGCACUGCAGACCCAGCCCCUCCCUUUAGAAGCCAGAACCAGGAAGACUUGAGUAAAGAAGGCAUGGCCUCUGGGCGCUCUGAUUGGUUUUCACAUGGCCCCCGUCACCUCACCCUACCACUACCACGGGUGGUCUUGCAGCUCUUCCCUGAUGCUUAGUGUCCCAAGCGAUCUGCUGACAGACCCCACAGAUAACACCCUAAGGUAGAGGUUCUCCACCUGUGGGUUGCCACCGUUGGAAAACACGUAUUUAUGAUGCUCUCAGGAACCCCCAACCGUAACUGUAAUUUUGCUACCGAGCAGUGUCUCAAUUCCUAAGGCCAUCGGAAGUACACGGUUUCCCAUGAUGGCGACCCACAGGUGGGGAAUGACUGCUCGAAGGUAGUGCUCACCACUAUACCAGCAGCCCCACGGCACCCAAAGUGCCUUUCAAACCAAACUGCCCUGCAUGAAUUGGGGUUCUCCCAGCUCCCACCGUCCAGAGGCCAACUGUGUUCACUUUUUUUUUUAAAGUACGUUCAUUCCAAAGGGGCCUUCUAGCAGCAGAGAGAGGUAGAAGCUAUCGCUCCAUCCAUCCGUCACCCUGUUUCUACAGACUGACCCUUCCAACUUGGUUCCUCGUUCAUCAGGCCACCUAAGCCCUCCUUGCACUCAGCCCUUCCAAGGGACACCCAGUGGGGCACUUGCAUUGAGAGCUUGGGAAGGUGAACCUGUGGGCUUUCCUCGAGGUCCCUAGAAUCAGGCCUUCUGGAGUAGGGCCUGCAGCAUCAACAGGUUCUCCAGGUGAUGCCGUAUGCUCAAUUCUGAGCAUCACUCCUGUCACAGGCCCCCUCCCCCCUCCCCCAAAGAGAAGUAGAGAAAGCCCCUGGGCUGUGUUUAUUGAAUAUGAUUAGGAAAAGAGCAGCACUCCAGUGUUCUGUGAAAUGGG